AUGCCACCAUCUGUUAGAGGUGGUUCCCUGGGCAGCCCAGAGGGGCUUGUUGGAGGAGGACUGGGGACUCGGGGACUCAGAGAAGUGGUGGAGAGGAGCAGCUGUGUCUGGCUAGAGUGUCAUUAUCCAGUCAUUAUCAAAGGGUUCUGGAACUCUUUGAAGACAGAUGAAAACAGGGAAGUUCUUUUUGCAGGUGUUUCCUCCUGGGAAAAACCACAAACUCAACAGAUAUCAGAUGGCCUGCAGCAACUGCUUGGCAACAUCUCCCAGCUCCUGGAGAAGGGCAAAGUGGGCCGAGAUGAUGCCUUCGUCAUGGUCUCUCGUGAGGAAUGGGGGGCAAGAGCAAUGGGCUGCAGCUCUAAGCUGAGCAGGCCAGCCAAUGUCCUUGUCGUGCACCAUGUCCCUGGGCUAGAGUGCCACAACCAGACCCUCUGUACUCGGAAGCUUCAGAAACUGCAGGCCUAUCACAUCCACAACAGCUGGUGUGAUGUGGCCUACAACUUCCUGGUUGGGGGUGACGGCAGAGUGUAUGAGGGCCUCGGCUGGAAUGUUCAAGGAUCACAUGACCAAGGCUACAACAACAUCUCCUUAGGCAUUGCCUUUUUUGGCGCCCAGGAAGGCCACAGUCCCAGCCCCGUUGCUCUCUCAGCUCUGAAAAGCCUGAUUUCCCACGCUGUGAAGAAGGGCCACUUGUCACCCAAGUACAUCCAGCCACUUCUUGUGAAAAGUGAAAACUGCCUGGUCCCUCCACAGAAGGGGAGACAGAAGAAAGGUUGCCCCCACAUUGUUCCACGGUCUGCUUGGGGCGCAAGAGAGGCGCACUGCUCCAAGAUGGCUCUCCCUGCUAAGUAUGCUAUCAUCCUUCACUCUGCUGGGAGAACCUGCAGUCAGCCGGAGGAGUGCCGCCUGCUGGUCCGAGAUCUCCAGUCCUUGUUCCUGGACAAGCUAAAUGCGUGUGACAUUGGGUAUAACUUCCUUGUGGGCCAGGAUGGUGGUGUUUAUGAAGGGGUGGGCUGGAACAGUCAAGGCUCCCGCACGGAGGGGUACAAUGACAUUGCUUUGAGCAUCACCUUCAUGGGCGUCUUCACAGGUUCCUCACCCAAUGCAGCUGCUCUGGACGCAGCCCAGGAUCUGAUCCAGUGUGCUGUGGACAAGGGGUACCUGACCCCCAACUACUUGCUAAUGGGCCACAGUGAUGUGUCCAAUACUCUGUCCCCUGGACAGGCAUUAUACAACAUCAUCAAGACGUGGCCUCACUUCAAGCACUGA